AGUCAGUCCAAACCUGCUCUGAGCCUUCAUUGCGAGGAGCCUCAUCCUGCACCCUCCUGCACAAUGACGCUGACUCAAUCCGAGAAGGCUGCGGUGGUCGCCAUCUGGGCAAAGGCAGCUACCCAGUCCGAAGCCCUGGGGGCAGAAUCGCUGGAGAGACUUUUCGCCAGCUACCCCUCGACGAAAACCUACUUCCCUCACUUCGAUCUCAGCCAAGGCUCAGCUCAGCUUCGCAGCCAUGGCACUAAGAUCAUAAAUGCCAUCGGGGAAGCUGUGAAGCACGUGGAUGACAUUCGAGGUGCUUUAGCCAAGCUCAGUGAGCUCCACGCUUACAUCCUCAGAGUGGACCCUGUGAACUUCAAGCUGCUUUCUCACUGUAUCCUGUGCUCCCUGGCCAACCGCUAUCCCAGUGACUUCACCCCAGAGGUUCAUGCUGCAUGGGACAAGUUCCUGUCCAGCGUCUCCUCUGUCCUGACUGAGAAGUACAGAUAAAUGGCCUCCAGAGAGGCUGAGAGAUGCACAUCCAUGGUGCAUCCCAGCUGCCAGGCUCUAGGAUGCUCUCCCCUUCCUAUGCAGCCCUCUGAGAUCUCCUGUGCAGGAGCCUGGUCAUCUGCAAAACCAAAUAAAAAAUGAGAACCUGA